UCGCUUGUUUUUCAUUUUUAAUUCAACGCCAAAAGUCAAACAAUCAACACGCGAAAAUAAUCUGAAAGUGAAUUAGAUAGAAAAUUGAAAAGUGAAAAGGGAAAAGUGUAAGAGAUAAAUGAGGAAAAUUCUGUUGUUGUUGUUGCAGUGCCACCUGCUUGUGGCAGGUGUCUCAGCCAGUUGUCCCAUCUUUUUGACCAUUUCGUUGGCCGGAAAGACACUGGCCGAUGCCUGUCUGGAGAUCAACUGGGGACCCGAUUGCUAUGCGCCGCCAGAAUGGAUUGGCAUCUAUCGCGAGGAUCCGUCCGUGUCCAAUCUGGCGCCGGAAGUGCACAUCUCCGGCAUACAGAAUCGCACGGGCAAACGACAGACGCCAUUUAAGCUGGGCAAACUGCACUUUCCAGGCGGCUGGGAUCGCCAGGACGCGGAGCAAGCGUUGUCCGUCACCAGUUAUCCCAAGGGCAAGUGUCUGCCCUACUAUGCGGCCAGUUACAAUGGCACCGAGCUCCUGACCAUUGAUUGCCUCAAGUUUCAGCCCAAUUGGAUGGCACAUCUCACGGAUGCCGCUCAUAUGCCGCUAAAGCGUCUCUUCCUGCCGGGAACUCACGCCUCGGGAGCCUAUAUAACCAACUACAGCAAGACCAAGUCGCUCCUGGUCAAGGAUUACCUGGUGGCCCAGCACUUUGAUGUCUGGUCACAGCUGGUGUUUGGCAUACGUUAUCUGGAUCUGAGCAUAGGCUAUAGGAAUACGGACACUAAGGACGGCAACAGUGAAGUGGAUAAAUUCUGGAUAGUCAAUGAGAACAUGUUUAUAAAUCCGUUGACGGGUGUCCUGCGGGAUGUGCGUCGCUUUGUGGAGCUAUCGAAUGAGGUGGUUGUGCUGGACUUUAGCUCAUUUCCCAUUGGAUUCUACAAGCAUACCGAGGUCUACAGCGGUCUCUUCCAGCUGAUACGCCAGGAACUGGGCGACGUUGCCUACGAGCGGAAUGUGUCCAUCAAUGAGCAUUGUGCGGAUCGAAGUUUCGAGGAACUGCGACUGGUGGGUAGACAGGUGGUGAUCCUGUUUCCCACACAGGAGCUGCCGCAUCCGGAGAAUGAAUCUGAGCUCCUGUGUCCGCCCUGGCAGCGCUUUAGCACCAGCUACAUGAACAUGUCUGAGACCCUGGACUACAUGCGUCUGCUCUUCAGCAAGAAGCCGGACUCUCCCGUCCAGGACGACGGUUGGAUCUUCCAUGCCGUGAAGAGCAUCGAACAGGCUCUCAACAACCACAAGUUGCAAACGGCCAAGGAACGAGCCGCUCUCAUCAAUCCCAGAGUAAAUCUCUGGCUCUCGGGUCCCUGGGGAUUGAAUGCCAAUGUCGUGGCCAUGGAUUAUUUCAGCAAUACGAACCUCGUUGAUCUAGCCAUUCGUGUGAAUGCUUUCCUUGCGACCAAUCAGAAAUUUAUUAAUCUCGAAAUAAUCAGUCGUUAACAGAAAGCAGUUUUGUCACUGACUGUUUACAAUUCGCAGGCACUGUAACCUCACAGACCAUUUAUAUUUUUAUAAUUUACGCCCAACUGUAUACUCUGUAUUAAUAAAUGAUCAACCAUUUUUUAAAUAUUCAUGAUCUGA